GUCCUGACGUUACGCACGUCACGUGACUUACGUCACCGGUUUGUUCCUUUCCGCAUCUACCUGGUGGUUCAUUCUGUAACUUUAACAUCAUUUUCCCCUGGUUUAACCUGCUUGUCGUCUCAUGUAGCAGCUUUUUGUUGGGUGUGAAAGUCGUUCAGGUUUGUUUUUUUCUACUGGGCUGCGGUUCUGGACCUGGAAAGGUUUUAUUUUUCAUGCGGAAGCCACUGGAAGAGGCGGGCUAGCCUCUGGAAGCUAACAGCUGUUUGGGUUUCAGCAGCGGAAAGUCGCUGUCAGGGAGCCGAGCUGCCUCAACGGUGAGAGGGGGAAGAAAACCGAAGCUUUAAUCUGUCAUCUGAUGGUUCUAUGACCUUUGACCCCAUCAUCCAGGAUGUACCCCCCUCCCAGGAAGGACUUCAUCGCGCUGACCCUGAGCGACCCCCACAGUCACACCUACAACAACGGCAAACACCGGAGACAGUCCUGCUGGAGGAAAUGGAAGCAGCUUUCUCGGCUGCAGCGGAGCCUCAUCCUCUUCCUGCUGGCUCUAAUGCUCGUGUUCGCGCUGCUCUCCUUCUCCAGCGUCGCGGAGCAGCGGAGAGGGCGGUCCGAUACGGAGGACUGGCUGGAGCUGAGAGACAGAGGCCUGGUUCCCCCGGUUCUGAAGCCGGCUGAAAGCAGAGGUCCGGCAGCCGGGCCCCAUGCGGAGCCAGCUGACCCGAUGGAGCCCAGAGGACCGAACAUCCCUGCUUUGGCUAGGCCGCCCACCAAGAGGAAGCCAUUUCCCAACAAAAGAGCUCCACCAAACUCCCGAAAAGAAGGAAAUGCUUCGGACACGGUGAGCGACGCAAAGCAGAACCAGGAAGUGGUUCGGGAAGAAGCUGGCGAGGAGGAGGAGGAUGAGGAGAAGGUUAUCAGCAGGAGAGGAGCCGAGCCGGCCACAGAACCGCCGUCCAAUCAGAAAGAAGCUGUGGAGCCUCAGGCGCCGGCCGAACCUGCAGCCUCCGUCCAUCAGCAAGUUUCCCCCGGAGCGGCGGAGCGUCUAGAGGCCGUCCGUGACGCCUUCAGGCACGCUUGGAAAGCCUAUCGGGAAUACGCCUGGGGUCACGACGAGCUCAAACCCAUCUCCAAGUCAUUCAGCGAAUGGUUCGGCUUGGGCCUGACGCUCAUCGACUCUCUGGACACCAUGUGGAUUAUGGGCCUAAAAGAAGAAUUUGCUGAAGCUAGAAGCUGGGUGGAGAAAGAGCUUUCCUUUGACAAGAACGUGGAGGUGAAUCUUUUUGAGACGACCAUUCGGAUUCUGGGCGGACUGCUGAGCUGCUACCACCUGACAGGAGACCAGCUCUUCUUAGACAAAGCUAAAGACCUGGGGUCCCGACUGAUGCCGGCCUUCAAGACGCCUUCAAAGAUCCCGUUUUCAGACGUCAACAUCGGGAAGGGGACGGCGCACCCGCCGCGGUGGACGUCAGACAGCACGGUCGCCGAGGUCACCAGCAUUCAGCUGGAGUUCAGGGAGCUGAGCCACCUGACCCAGGACCCCCAGUACCAGGACGCCGUGAACGAGGUGAUGCGGCUCGUCCACAAGCUGCCAGGGAAACAUGACGGCUUGGUUCCCAUGUUCAUCAACACCAACAGCGGCCAGUUCUCCCAUAAAGGCGUUUUCACGCUGGGCGCGCGGGCCGACAGCUACUACGAAUACCUGCUGAAGCAGUGGAUCCAGGGCGGGAAGACCGAGGACGAGCUGCUGGAGGAUUACCUGCAGGCGGUGGAAGGAGUGAAGAAGCACCUGGUGAGGCAGACCGGACCCGGCAGGCUCACCUUCAUCGGAGAACUCUCCCACAACCGCUUCAACCCCAAAAUGGACCACCUGGUGUGCUUCCUGCCAGGGACUCUGGCUCUGGGGGUGCACAGCGGCCUGCCGCCGGACCACAUGGACCUGGCCCAGCAGCUGAUGGAGACCUGCCACCAGAUGUACAGGCAGAUGGAGACGGGGCUCAGCCCAGAGAUCGCUCACUUCAACAUGCAGGGCAGCGAAGGCCAGGAUGUUUCUGUGAAGCCUGCCGACAGACACAAUCUGCUGCGCCCCGAGACGGUGGAGAGCCUGUUCUACAUGUACCGGUUCACCAAGGAGGCCAAGUACAGAGACUGGGGCUGGGACAUCCUGCAGAGCUUCAACGCCUACACCAAGGUCCCUGGCGGCGGCUACACGUCCAUCAACAACGUCCGUGACCCCUCUAACCCCGGCCCCCGGGACAAGAUGGAGAGCUUCUUCCUGGGCGAGACGCUGAAGUAUCUCUACCUGCUGUUCUCCGACGACGACGAGCUGCUCAGCCUAGACAAGUACGUCUUCAACACCGAGGCUCACCCUCUGCCCAUAUGGCCUUCGCCGCCCAAAUGAAGCCCGGAGUCCUGCAAGGUCCAGGUUUUGGCCUCCUUUAUUUUUCCUAAGGAAAAGGUUUCAUAUCUGAACUCGGAUCAGACUCACCAGAACACUUUGUUAUGACUCAGUUAUCAAUUAAUGACUGUAUAUUUUCUAAUUUUGGGUUAUUAUACGAGGUGGAAAUCACUCAUUAGUGCCAUUUAAUGUCUGAACUGUAUAUUUAGUGGUGAUUUAUCACUUCUGUGGGUAAAUAAUGGAAAUGUUUAAUAAAUGAAUGACUCAGGCUGACAUUCUUAAUGAACCAGGUUCUUCAAUGAAUGUAGUUUAUUUUUUUCCGGGUUAAUUUAUGUUUAUUUAUUUGGGUUUCAUGGAUGUUUUUGUUUUCUGUUACUUGGAAAUUCACUUUAUAUGAGGGGAUUUAUUAAACUGUCUGGACCUGAGAAGGACUCGCAAUCGACUCUGACCUGGAAGAAACUUGUAUAGAAAAUAUUUUUGAAAGUUAGAUGGAGAAAGACAAUUAAUUUUUUCCUACGACAAACUAUUAUGGCCAUCGUACAUGUUGAGGUUUUCCGCAGAGAUUCUCGCAAAAUCAACAAAUUCUCUGAAUUUUUGUGAUUGUGAUUUAUUGCAAAUUUUACAGAGAAAUUGUCAAAAUCAUCGGGUUAAAGUGAUACAAACUCCCACCUGUAGGGGGCAGUAUUUCUUUGUUCUAGUGCUCUGCUACCUCAGCUUUAAUUGAUGUCAAAUUAACAAAAACAAAGUCUCAUUUACCGUCAUAAACAAAGCGCCAUCCCUCUAUUCUCCAGGACAGUUACAGGAAAUUAUCACUACAUUUCUCACGAAGCACCUUGGAAUCUUGGAGUUACACAAAAAUACAGUAAAUUGUUCUCAAAACAGUAAAUUUUAACCAAACUGCUCAGACAUUUUCAGAUUUAUUUAACAUAUUUACAAGAAAAUAAUUUUUUUUUCCAAAGGGUACAAAUCAUCAGAAUCCGUUGAUUUUAACUAUUUUUUAUUUUAUUUUUUUCAUUUUAUUUUCUACUUGCUAGUUAUUUUUCUCUUACAAACAUGAAAUUGAUCUCAAAAUUUCCAAGGGCUUUUGGCAGAAAAUCAUUGUCUAUGUAUAAUUACUGUAAUACUUAGUCAUAGUUUUCAUUUUUUUCCUGUAUCAGGAAAAAUUAGAAGAAAAAAAAAACAAGAUUUGGGGGAUAAAAAGAUAUAUAAAACUUUUUUAAAUAUGAAGUAAACUAAUGAGUAAAUAAUGAAGAAUCCAGAUAUAAUGUAAUACGUUUACAUCAAUUCAACACUACUUUGACUCUUUAAGUCUGGAUUUGAUGAAGGUUAAAGAAUCAAAUCUUCACUUUAAUCUGUGGUGGCAGAUUGUGGAUUAGGAUUAUGGUGAUGGUAAAGAGGCCUUCCAACCUCAAAGAUGAACCAUUAAAAUCCCAGUUUCAACCUGCAAAAAGCUGCUAAGCCAUCAGACGGACGGCUUGAUCACUGCAAAGCCAAUAAAUAUAUUUUCAAUGAUUAUUGAGAAGGUUGUAAAUAAUUUUCAAUGUGACAGAUUUUAAUAAAAUGUGAAUAACAACUGCAAAGGGAAACAUUUUGCACAUUUUUUCUGUGUUUGGUUAUUUAUUUAGAGAUGCCCGACUCACUUCCUGGUAGAAAUGUUAGUAUUUGGCUAAAUUAAUCCAAAUAUUAGCAUUUCGUUGAGCUUUUGGAUGUUUGGCCACUUCCUUGUAACGGGUCAUCUGAAUGAAUCCAUUUCCUGGUUCUGAUCCAGCUUUACAGAAAAGCGUACAACUUUUCACUGAGCUUGCACUUUUGUUAAAAAAACAAAA